UCAUGGAUACAUGUUUACACAGAUGGAUCAGCAACCAGCGCGGUUAAAAACGGGGGUGCUGGAGUCUUUAUUACAUACCCAGGCAACCACCGCCACACAAAGUGGAUACCCACUGGUAAAUUCUGUUCCAACUACACAGCAGAGAUUGAUAUUUUGGAAAAAGAAGUGUUGCCUGAUGACUGGACUGAAGGAACAAUAGUCAAAAUCCCCCAAAAAAGAGACUUAACAGACUGCAAUAAUUGGAGGGGAAUUACUCUACUCUCAGUACCAAGCAAAAUGUUUUCUAAAAUCAUCAUAAUGCGGCUUGAAAAAGGAGUUUAUACAUGCCUACGAGUGGAACAAGCAGAAUUCAGAAGACAGGGAUGUGUUAUGUCAUCUCUCCUCUUCAACCUUGUGAUUGAUUGGAUACUAAAGAACACUGUAGACAAGACAUUGAAAGGCAUACGAUGGACUCAAUUCACCAUGCUUGAGGACCUUGAUUGUGCAGAUGAUAUAGCACUUCUAUCAGAUAAACAUGAACAUGUACAAGAAAAAAGUAACAGACUAAACAGCAUAACAGAAAUGGUGGGACUGAGAAUAAAUACAAAGAAAACUAAGAUCAUGACAAACAGUCCAAACCAACAACCAGUGACCAUAAGUAACCAAUCUCUUGAAAAUGUAGAACAUUUCACAUAUCUUGGCACUGUGGUGUCCCUACUGGGAGGGAGAGAGGAAGACAUACAGUCACGUCUGAACAAAGCUAGGGCUGCUUUUGGAAAUAUGAGGCAAAUUUGGAAAUCCAACAGUUACUGCAGAGGAACGAAACGCCGACUCUACAAGAGCAUCUUUUUGCCAGUUCUUCUUUAUGGAGCGGAAUGCUGGAGAAUGACCAAAAAGGAUGCACAAAAGCUGUCCACCUUCCACCACACAUGUCUACGUAGAAUUAUCAAAAUUUUCUGGCCAAAUACAAUCUCAAACACUAAACUACUUCAAGCCACAAACCAAGAAACUUUAGACAGUAUGAUUACCAAGAGAAGAUGGAAAUGGCUUGGCCACGUUAAGAGAAUGACUUCUGAUAUACCUGCCAAAACAGCUCUCACAUGGACACCAGAGGGAAAAAGAAAACAGGGGCGCCCAAAAACAACAUGGAGACGAACGAUGGAAAGUGACCUGAGUGCGGCAUCUUUGACAUGGAAAACUGCACUGAAGAUUGCACAGGACAGGAAAGCAUGGAAAGUCCUCUCUGAAGCCUCAUGUGCCAUUAGGCAUAACGAGAACUGA